UCUGCUCUGAAACCAAAACCCUCGAACUCUCUUCGUCCUCAUCGCCUCUCUCUCUCUCUCUAGAUCUACUCUAUGGCGACCAUUGCUGCUGUCAAAGCUAGACAGAUAUUUGACAGCCGUGGAAACCCGACCGUCGAGGUCGAUGUUGUCUUAUCCAGCGGUUUCAAGGUCACUGCUGCUGUUCCGAGUGGAGCUUCUACUGGAAUCUACGAGGCCCUUGAAUUGAGGGAUGGAGGGUCUGACUACCUUGGAAAGGGUGUCUCAAAGGCUGUGAACAAUGUCAACUCAAUUAUCGGUCCAGCAUUGAUUGGCAAGGACCCGACUCAGCAGACUGCUAUUGACAACUUCAUGGUUCACGAACUUGACGGAACCCAGAAUGAGUGGGGUUGGUGCAAACAAAAGCUCGGAGCCAAUGCUAUCCUUGCCGUGUCUCUUGCUGUCUGCAAAGCUGGUGCUGCUGUUAAAGGCAUCCCUCUCUACAAGCACAUUGCCAACCUUGCUGGCAACUCGAAGUUGGUGUUGCCAGUUCCUGCCUUCAAUGUCAUCAACGGUGGAUCCCAUGCAGGAAACAAGCUUGCUAUGCAGGAGUUCAUGAUUCUUCCGGUUGGAGCCUCAUCUUUCAGUGAAGCCAUGAAAAUGGGUGUGGAAGUUUACCACAACUUGAAGUCUGUGAUCAAGAAGAAGUAUGGUCAGGAUGCAACAAACGUCGGUGAUGAGGGAGGCUUUGCACCAAACAUUCAGGAGAACAAGGAGGGUCUUGAAUUGCUCAAGACUGCCAUCGAGAAGGCCGGUUACACUGGCAAGGUUGUCAUCGGAAUGGAUGUGGCUGCAUCCGAGUUCUACGGAUCAGACAAGACCUACGACUUGAACUUCAAGGAAGAGAACAAUGAUGGUUCUCAGAAGAUCUCGGGAGACGCUCUCAAGGACUUGUACAAGUCCUUUGUUUCGGAGUACCCAAUUGUGUCCAUCGAGGACCCAUUUGACCAAGAUGACUGGGAACACUAUGCCAAGAUGACUGCCGAGAUUGGAGACAAGGUCCAGAUCGUCGGUGACGAUCUGCUGGUCACUAAUCCCAAGAGGGUUGAGAAGGCGAUCAAGGAGAAUACCUGCAAUGCUCUCCUUCUUAAGGUUAACCAAAUCGGGUCAGUGACUGAAAGUAUCGAGGCAGUGAAGAUGUCAAAGAAAGCAGGGUGGGGCGUGAUGGCCAGCCACCGAAGUGGUGAGACCGAAGACACUUUCAUUGCUGACCUCUCCGUUGGCUUGGCCACUGGCCAAAUCAAGACUGGAGCACCGUGCAGAUCCGAGCGUCUCGCCAAAUAUAACCAGCUGUUGCGUAUUGAGGAGGAAUUGGGAGCAGAAGCAGUGUACGCAGGGGCCAACUUCCGCAAACCCGUGGAGCCUUACUGAAUGUAAGGACUUGGAAACAAAAAUCUUAGCUUUUUUAAAAUAACGAACACUCUCGAGAGGGACUUUGAGUUUUUUUUUUUUGGGAAAGAUUAUGUAAACUCUUUAUCUGCAAUGCCGCUGCCUUUUAUUGGACAGCUUCUGUUAUUUAUAUAAAAGUUUUGUGAUC